ACCCCCCGGGCUCGGCCCAGGCCCGGCCCGCAGCGCGGAGCGGGAAGGCCGCUCCCAUCCGACGCAGCGACCGGGAUGAGAUUUGGCGAAAGGCGCCUCCCCAGUCCCCCACUGAGCGCAGGGCCGCCGCGCCAGCGGCAGGGGAAGGGCGCGAGGACGGGCUGACGGUUGGGGGAACCCCCGUAACUCCCCCUAACCGCCACCCAGUCCCCAGCGCAAGCGCCUCUCCCGCACCCCCCACUCUGGCGCCGGCCAAUCGCAACACUGCGCACGUGACGAGCGUUCCCUGCGAUGACCUCAUCCCUGGUGUGGGAUGACGUCAAAUUCAAGAUGGAUGGAAUCACGGCGGUGGCAGCAGCGCGCGCGGGCGAAUCGUGAAGGGAGGCGCCGAGGGGGGCAGCAGGGUGGGGUGCGGCUAACGGCGGAGAAGAUAAAUCCAAAUCAUGGAGGGGCUCUUGCAUUACAUAAACCCAGCACAUGCCAUUUCUCUCUUAAGUGCUUUGAAUGAGGAACGUCUAAAAGGACAGCUAUGCGAUGUUAUUCUUAUAGUGGGAGACCAAAAAUUUAGAGCUCAUAAAAAUGUUCUGGCUGCCAGCAGUGAAUACUUCCAGACUCUCUUCACAAAUAAAGAGAAUGAGUCCCAAUCAGUGUUUCAACUUGACUUCUGUGAACCAGAUGCUUUUGAGAAUGUAUUAAACUACAUUUACUCUUCGUCUUUGUUUGUUGAGAAAAGCAGUCUUGCGGCUGUUCAAGAAUUGGGCUACAGCCUUGGAAUUUCCUUUCUUACCAACAUUGUUUCUAAGAGUCCUCAAGCUCCUUUUCCAGCAUGUCCCAUUAAAAAAAUACUGUUUCAAGAAGAAGAUGAAAGCGGUUCUCAGAAGAGAAGUGUCAUUGUUUGUCAGAGCAGAAAUGAAGCACAAAUUAAAAAUGUCAGUCAAACACAUGAUUUAAGCCAUAGCUCUAAGCCUUCACACUCCAUUGCCAUCAAAACAAACAAUAGGCCACAAGUAACAAAACCAAUUGAACCACUUCUCAGUUUAUCAUUAAGUGACAGGAGGUGGCUAAAAGACAGUCCUGUGAGCUACACCAAACUUCAUGAACCUUCUGGAACUGUGGAUGACCAAAGUAGAAGUGGCUCGGUGAAGAGGAAUGCAGUAUUGCCACAAAAGCCUUUAGCUGAGAAAGAAACUUCAUGUGAUGAGCCAGGAGUGAGUGGUCAGCUUCUAAGAGGAAAAGCUGCAGAGAUGUCAUUAAAAAGACCACGUCCUCCAAUCUUAUCUCUGCAUGGUUCAUCAGAAUCUACAUUUUUGUUGCGAGAGACAGGAAAAGGAAAUGGUCAAGGAGAAGAUAGGAAUUUGCUAUACUACUCAAAAUUAGGACUAGUGGUUCCAUCUAGUGGAUCUGGUCCUGAAAACCAAAGUAUUGACCGGAGUGGCCCACUUGUAAAAAGUCUCCUUCGAAGGUCAUUGUCCAUGGAUAGUCAGGUUCCUAUUUAUUCAUCUUCUAUUGAUUUAAAAGCUUCACAUGGAUCAUCAUUGGUGACUAGUGACUCACAGGGAAAAACAUUUAAUGUUACAUCUCAAAAGUCAUCCUUGAAAGAGUCUUCAGAAAAGGCUGUCCUAGAUGACAAGACACAGGUAAUACACCCACACCGCCUUAGGUCCUUUAGUGCCUCUCAGUCAACUGAUAGGGAGGUAGCUUCUCCUCUAACUGAUGUACGAAUAAAAACUGAACCUAGCAGCCCACUUUCAGAGCCUUCUGAAAUAAUAAGAGUUACAGUAGGAGAUGCUUCAACAUCUGCCAGUAAAGAUUUCCCUUUUAAAACUGAGGAUGAUAAUAGGGAUAUGAGUAGACUUCCAGCAAAAAGGAGGUUUCAAGCAGAUAGAAGGCUACCAUUUAAAAAACUGAAAGUGAAUGAGCAUGGUUCUCCUGGGUCAGAGGAUAAUUUUGAGGAAAGUUCAAGUCCUACGCGCCUUGAUGCUGAUUUUCCAGAUUCUGAUGUCAGUAAAGAUGAAUACAGUGAAUUGGAAGAAGUGAGACCAAACAAAAAGUUUAAAUGCAAGCACUGCCUUAAGAUUUUCAGAUCUACAGCAGGCCUUCAUCGUCAUGUUAAUAUGUAUCAUAAUCCAGAGAAACCAUAUGCUUGUGAUAUAUGCCACAAGAGAUUUCAUACAAACUUCAAAGUAUGGACUCAUUGCCAGACACAGCAUGGAAUUGUGAAGAACCCCUCACCUGCUUCCAGUUCACAUGCUGUCUUGGAUGAAAAAUUCCAAAGAAAAUUAAUUGAUAUUGUGAGAGAGAGAGAGAUUAAGAAAGCACUGAUUGUUAAACUACGACGUGGCAAACAAGGUUUUCAGGGACAGUCCAGUUCACAAGCACAGCAAGUCAUCAAAAGGAACUUAAGAUCAAGAUCCAAAGGAGCCUACAUUUGUACCUACUGUGGGAAAGCUUAUCGUUUUCUCUCCCAAUUUAAACAGCACAUAAAAAUGCAUCCAGGGGAAAAACCAAUUGGAGGAAAUAAGGUUUCUAAGCAAAAAGAGCACAUUCAUAUUGCAAGUCCAGUUGAAAACAAAGAGGUCUAUCAGUGCCGUCUUUGUAAUGCUAAGCUCUCCUCUCUUAUUGAACAGGGAAAUCAUGAGCGACUUUGUAGAAAUGCAACAGUCUGUCCUUAUUGCAGCCUUAGAUUUUCUUCUCCAGAGCUGAAGCAUGAACAUGAAAGCAAGUGUGAAUAUAAGAAGCUCACUUGUCUUGAAUGUAUGCGCACUUUUAAAUCCUCCUUUAGUAUUUGGCGUCAUCAAGUUGAAGUUCACAAUCAAAAUACCAUGGCCCCAACAGAGAAUUUUUCUUUACCUAUUCUUGAUCACAAUGGUGAAAUAACGAAUGCGUCAAGAUUGCAUUCUCAAUCAGAAUCUAAUAAAAUGAACAAUUUUGUUACUGCAAAGGAAGAUGGAGUAUUCAGUGAUUCUUCAGAACAAAUUAAUUUUGAUUCUGAAGAUUCUUCAUGCCUCCCUGAAGAUCUAAGUGUUUCCAAACAGUUUAAAAUUCACGUCAAAGAAGAGCCUGCAGACGAUAUAGAGGAUGAGGUCACUGAAACCAACAGAGAAGCUAAGGAAGUAGUUUCUAAUAAAGUCACUGGCUUGUGGCCCUGUGAAAAAUGUGGAAAAAUUUUUACUGUACACAAGCAGUUGGAGCGUCACCAGGAGCUUUUGUGCUCUGUAAAACCAUUUAUUUGUCAUGUGUGCAACAAGGCCUUCCGGACCAACUUCCGUCUGUGGAGCCACUUCCAGUCUCAUAUGUCACAGGCUGCAGAGGAAUCAGUGAAUAAAGAUGCUGAGAUAUGUCCACCAGCUAACUCCCCAUCACCGCCACCUCUGCCUCCACCCCCACCUCUACCCAAAAUCCAGCCCUUAGAGCCUGAUAGUCCGACAGGUUUAUCUGAGAGCCCAACUACUACUGAGAAAUUAUUUGUUCCACAAGAAUCGGACACGCUCUUUUAUCAUGCUCCACCACUUUCAGCAAUCACGUUCAAAAGACAAUAUAUGUGUAAACUUUGUCACAGGACAUUCAAGACUGCAUUUAGUCUUUGGAGCCAUGAACAGACACACAAUUAGCUAGAGAUCUUCAACAGGUAGUUUAAAAAGCUGGUUAAAUGGAGACCAUUUCCAGGAUAUUUCAGAAGUAUGCCAUAUAAACUAGAAAUCUAAGGGGACAAGAAACAUCAAAAAAGUAAAGAUGGAUUUAUGAUGCUGCUUGGAUUUGAAGAUUAAGGAGAAGAAAUCUAUGUGGACAAAAUGUGAAAGCAAGGUAUUAAAAUUGGUGCCUAAGUUUUCACCAUUGAUUCCCGUACAAAACAGCAUGCAUGAUAUUUCCUAUUUAGUUUGUUGACAGUCUGUACGUAGCCUUCUAAGAAUGAGUAUACCCUUCUAAGAGAAAAUAUGAUGACCAGUUCAGUUAUCAAAUAAUCAUAAUUUUCAACUGAAGCACUUCUUUGAUGCAUUUUUGGUAUACUAAGAUUAUAAAUAGCACACACAUAACAACCUUGUGCUAUAUUUUGAAGAAGUCUUGAUUUUUUCCCCAAGUGUAAUAUAUAUUGUAAAAGUCAGAAAAAAGUGGAUAUAACUAGUUUCCUUUAUAAAUUUGUUAGAUUAUUUUUAAAAGUUUGUUUUAAUUUUGAGCAUGUUCUGUGCUUUUUUAAAAUUAGUUCCUGUUUGUUGUCCAAUAAAGGAAUACAGGCUCUCUAAAUAAAGUUUUAAAUAUGAGAUAUUUAUAUAGCAAUUCUGGUUUUCUAUUAGCUUUUAUACAGUAUCUUAAAAAGCCCUGAGACAGAAGUGUUUACUUUGGAGGAUAUGGAAUAAAUAUUCUUCCACUCAUGUAAUUUUAAUAUAUGUUAGAAAAGUUAAAUUAUGGAAGAAAUUGUUAGUUGCUUGUUUAUACAAUAAAGGUCUUUUUAAAGAAUGUCUAGUUUGGCCAUAACAAGAAUGAUAGGCAAAUUAUUGAUACAAAAAACCUGUCUUCUUCAUAUUUGGUUUAGUUUUGCAACUGUGUGAAUUGGGUACUAAAGGCCUUGGCUUUUUUGUCUGAUUAUUUAACAAUUGCAGAAAGUUUGUAUGAUUUCUCUUAAACUUUGAGGUUUUGUGCUCUUUUUCAUAUGGCAUGACGGAACAUGCAGAUGUUUUAAUAUAUACUUUAGAAUUUAAUUCUUUCUUCGUUUGUUUUGUCCUCCAUCAACAAAAUUUGACAGAGACUCAUCUUGUUCCAACUCAAGUAGGUGACAAUUCCUGUUUACUUUAGUGGGAACAGGAUUGGGCCUGUGAAGUAAAGCUAGUUCAUGUAGGUACUGAUUCAGCUAAGCACAUUAAGUCCCACUGCAGUCAUUGGGCCUUAAAACAUGAUUAACUUUUAAGCAUAUGCUUAAGUGCUGUGCUGAAUUGGGGCCAUAAUCAACCACUCAAAGUAAGCAAUGGAAAUAAUUACAUGUUGUGGACUUUUAAAUGGUAGAAACAAAAAUGUUAUAAGUGAAUGUUCUUCUGAAUAAAGGCUACAUAUAUAGUUAGUGUGUAAUUCUGCAAUUUUACCAAAAUAGACAAAGGACAUGAAAUGGUAUUGCUACUCUAAUUUUGUAACUUUUUUUAAAGAAAACAAUAGACAGUUAAACUUCAGAGAUGGCAGUUGAGUUGUCAGUCUCAUUUCAGAACACAACUAUAGCCUUACAACCCUCCAGUAAACCAAAACACACAGCUGUAGGGACCUGCUCCUGCGUUCUCUCCUUGGGCAAUGCUCCCAUUGACAUCCAUGAGGCUUUUUGCCCAAGAAGGAAGUGCAGGUUUCUUCCAGAUCUGUAUUGUACUCUGAGGCCUUGUCUACACUACUGGGGAUGAUCAAUCUAAGUUACGCAACUUCAGCUACGUGAAUAACAUAGCUGAAGUUGAUGUACUUAGAUCUACUUAUCGCAGAGUCCACACUACGCAGUGUCAACUGGAGAUGCUCUCCCGUUAACUCCCCUUGCUCUUCCUGUUCAGGUGGAGUACAGGAGUCAACGGGAGAGUGAUCGGCGGUUGAUUUAGCGGGUCUUCACUAGACACACUAAAUCGACUGCUGAUACAUCAAUCACUGCACGUCAAAUCCCUGAUAAGUGUAGACAAGGCCUAAGAUUUUUCCCAAAACUUCUAUUGACAUCAGUGGAAGUUCCUCAUGUGGGACAAGGAUAGAAUAUGGCCCUAACUCUGAGCACUAGCAGUUAUGGUGCAAAUAUCUGGCAUGUGCCUAUAAAAGCUGGCAUGUGCCUGUACUGUCUGUUUACAUUUUCUUACCAGAAGUUCUAGAUGAAAUCAAAGCAAGAUAGAUUUUUUUUUAUGUUGUAAUUAGUGAAUCAGUGUUAAAAAAUUUUGUGUUGAACUCAGCCUGAUAGUAUUUGGGUUUUUGUUUUGUUUUUGAAGUCCUAUUGAUUCUCGUUUGUUUAAAAUGACUUGUGACAAAAAUUGUACUAACUAUUGUACAUAAAGGGAUACUAUCAUGAUAAACAUACUGUAAACAUCCUUACCUGUGUUAACAAUACUUGAUACUAAUAAAGCUAAUAUAAUUUUUAAACCCCAGUUGUUAACAUUUUAGAUGUUUGGGCAUGAAAAUCCCAGAUAGGGAUACCCUCAAACUUUGGCAGUGUGUCUGAAAUAUGGAUCUGAGCUUUGUGGAUCUGUUGUAUUAUGCUAUUCUGAGACAGUUAAAACAGACAAAUCAGUUUCCUUUUCUAGUUCUCAUACACUGGCACAAAUAUUGUGUUUGGGUUUCCACCACUGUAGCAAAGCGUUAAAUUUAAAAUACCCUUUAAAAUACAAUAUUUGAAAACUUAUGAAUAGUUACAAAAUCAAAACAUCAGAGUUUAACCUUGACAGUGUCCCUUUUUAAAACAACAGGAAAAAUGGGAUCACUUGUAGAGUUUGGAAAAAGUCUCCUACGCUUUGUGGAAGUUGGAAUAAUCCAACAUAAACAUGCAAACUGUAAUAUUUUCCAAUUUAAAGUUACAUAAAAUCACUUGUCAUUUUAAAGUAUUAUAGAUUAAGACAAAUAAAAGCUGUUUUUUAUAAUCCUGUAUAUCAUGUAGCCAUUGUAUAUUAGUUCAGUUACAUCAGUGUUGGAUUUUAAUUAAUAGGUUUUUACUUUUUUAGGACUGAGAAUUAAUAGUUUAGAAUAACUCUUCCUUUAAUGUAAUGUAAAUCCAUUGCUGCUUUGUAUGACUUUUUCUACUGUGUGUUUUCUUUACUUAGAUUUUGACUAAGAAAUGUUGGAGUCCAAUAAACUUACACUUGUUUCUUUUGA